UAAAGAACAUGGAAUUUACUGAAUUAGCAAAACCUCCCGCUGCCUAGUGUUAAGGAUUGAUUAAUAUUUGCUGCUACAGAAGUCUAUCCAUUUGUCCAGUUCAGACUUCAGACUCCAUACCUCAUCUGAUCUCCCUUUCCACUGCAAAAUCAAUCUCAACUCUGCAACUUCUAAGUGCUCUUUCUUCAAUGGCAAUCGCCUCCACAUCCUAUCUUCCCGUAUACUUGGGCACCCAGCCUCAUUCCCACCACAACCUCUAUCACAUCCCUCACUUCAGAACUCAUCAAAAUCCAAUCUUUACCCCAAAAAGGACACACCCUUUUGUCGUCUUCCCUAAACACACAGCGUUCAAUCUCAUCUUCCCACUUUCGACCUCCCAAUCUUCUUUUUCUUCCACCUCUUCUACGCCGACCCUCCAGAAUGCACUUCAAACAGGGCGAUUUCUUACUAAUGAAGAGCUUGAAAAGCUUCAGUUUCUUGAGAGUUAUAGGUAUUUUCAGGAAUUAAAAUCUGGGUUUUUGUACAUAAGAAUGAUGGAUCAAGAAGAAAUGGAUAUGACGGUUAGUUUAUUGUCCGAGACUUUUGCUGAAUCCAUGUUGUUGCCUAAAGGGUAUGUCCGAUUCUUGGAGUAUUUGGUGAAGCAGUAUCUGAUUGAGAGGAGGACUUUAAUGCCUCAUACUGCAACACUAGUCGGUUUCUAUAAGGAGGAUGAAGAGGAGGAUUUACAGUUAGCUGGGACAGUUGAGGUGUGUUUUAACAAGAAGGGUGCUAAUGCUUCUCCUCCUACACCUACUGCUCCCAAAAAUUCUCCAUAUAUAAGCAAUAUGACUGUAAAGGAGUCACUUAGAAGGAGGGGCAUUGGAUGGCAUUUACUGAAAGCAAGUGAGGAAUUGAUUGCUCAUAUGACUUCCUCGAGGGAUGUUUACUUACACUGUAGAAUGAUUGAUGAGGCUCCUUUGAAUAUGUACACAAAAGCAGGAUAUAGCAUUGUCAGGACAGACACCAUCUUAGUCCUGCUGACAUUGCAGAGGCGUAAACACUUGAUGUGCAAGCAAAUUCCAGUCUUGACUAGCCCUUCUGAAAUGGAUACUUACAGCCAGGAACCUUAUUCGUAAAUGGAGAGUCAAAAUGAUUUUGUACUUUUUGAGGUAUUAAAGCGUUCUGACUUAAUUGCCUUCGUUAGAGAAACCCAUUGUGCAUACUUGGUUUCUUUCCCUAGCUUUUGCUUGCUGUAAUUGAAAUUAUAAUUGCAUCUUCUUGGCAGAUGCUUGUAAGUCAUCGGACCUUUUGUAA